AUCCUCUUCGCCUAUCACUUAUCAGCUGGUCCGCCGGGCGCUGAUAAAGAGGUGACAGUCGCGAAGAUGCCUUUGAAUUACCACAUGGAAGACCUCAUUGGCUUUGGGGUCAGCGCGGGACUCACCUUGACCUUCUACUACCUCAACCGCUCAGGUCAAGAGGUCGUGCGCUGUCUGAAGGAAACCCCAGAGUAUGACAUCGACCACAAUCUAAUCAGAGUGGUGCAGAACAGCGGGGGGGCGGUGGAGGGGUGCGUGAGGGGUGCGGUGAAGGCCUGCGACACCCCCCUGAGCACCCAGACCACGGCGGGGGUGUAUGGGGUCUACCGGCGGCGCUGCAUCAAGAAACACAUCAAAACGAAGGACAUGGGAGGCUGGUGGAGCAGGAGAGAGCCGCUGUCCACCUCCAUCGACAGUGUUCCGUUUAUGCUGAUGCGGAAAGGUGUGGGCGUGCAGGUGACGGAGCCGACUCUGCUGGAGACUGUGGACCUUAGUGUGGUGAGCGACAGGUUCGAGAGUGCCAAUAUGCCCUUCCUGGCGCAGAUGUCGGGGUGGAUGAGGAAGGAGCGGACGACCGGCUUCCAGCAUGUAGAGGAGAUGCUGCUGGAGGGGAUGUCCGUGCUGGGGGUGGGGCGUGUGGUGCUGGGGGGCGAGGGGCUGUGUCUGCACCCCUCCAACACACUCCCCUACAUCAUCACCACCAGGACAAAAGAGUGCCUUAUCGAAGACUUGCAAGCACCACUACCAUACUACCAACUCCUGGGGGUCCUCGCUGCCUUGGGGGGGGCCUACUUCAUCUUCAGGAUAUGCAAACAGCUGCGGAGGAAGAGGAACAAGUGAUGGAGGUAGGAGGAGGAGGAGGAGGCGCGAGAGAGGGCGAGAGGGGACUCCCACAAAGCUCAUGUCGUAUGCGGUUGCACUGUAUGUCGGGGUCUGUGUGUGUGUGUGUGUGUGUGUGAUAGUACUGUAAAUUACUAUAGGCCUACCCGUGUUUCUCAGGAAUUUGUAACAGUUAGGCCUACAGAUCAGUACAGUUUGUGAUACUAGCGUUAAUAAAAAGGAUGUUGGUAAUUCUCGUUUUAUUUAUUGGUGAACGAGGG